GGAGACAGCUGAUACCGUUUCGCGCGCUCUCAUGCGCUCUCAAGUUUUCUCGCGAUUGUUGAUGAAUACGUUUCUUCUGUAAGCUGACAACAGAAAGGCGUGGAAGGGGACACUUAAUAUGGAUUCUAGCGUACGCGAUCAACUCGAAAGCGAAGUCGUCUACGAUCGUCAUGUUGCAACGUACAAGUGGCUUGCUUCGAAGUUUGAUCUUCAUACAAACACCGCCAAGAGGUACCUGAAGGAGUUUACAAACGAGCAAGAGGCCGAUGGAAGCAAUGUCAUCGGGCAUUCUAUUGUUACUGGCAAACAAGACAAGCUCUACCGCAUCAUCUUGACAGCCAGCCAGUCUGUGUCUGAAACCAAGAAGGACCUGACGACCGUGACAGGAGUUCAUGCUUUCAGUGCCCAACCUUCGAACCUGGAGGACUGCAUAGACAGACUAACAGAAGCAGCGACAUCCAACGUAAAGCUCAGUGUGUGCCCCAUUUACUGCGAAGCGGCGCAGAGGACGCGAGGCUCUAGAAAGGGUCUCAACGGAGUUUCAACUGCGGCAGAAAGAAAAGCAGUUUCACCGGCAAAGCCUUCUCCUCUCACACAGGAAUCCAAGCCAGCACCAACGAAAAGCGAGCCAGUCAAGACCGAGAAGGAUAAAGCUACGUCAACAUCUAAGGGUUCAGCCAAAUCAAAGCCCAAGAAGAAUGACCUGGCAGCUGCCUUCUCCAAGGCUCGAACUGGAGGUGCAAGUGCAUCAUCUAAAUCGACACCACCCGCAGAGAAGAAGGAUGCACUUGACAGCAAAGUGACACCCAAGGGUGCGUCUUCCAGUGGCGAGGCAGCGAAGAGGAAGAGUGUCGACAAGAGCCCGAGUGAUAAAUCCACGCCCGAGAAGAAGCGAAUCAAGACAGAGAUGUCAGCAUCUCCAGAGGUGUCCUCUGCAGCGAGAAAAAAGCCAUCGCGGCGACACGUUAUCAGUGACUCGGAAGAUGAGGAUGAUGAACUGACGCAGUCAACGACACCAGCCAGUUCAGAAAAUUUCACUAGUGCUGCAUCCAGUGCCGUUACGAGUGAGGGUGACAAGCCUUCGGCAAAGUCUUCGUCAGACUCGGGUAGCCAAGGUGGUCAGAAGAAGCGCCGACGAGUGAUGAAGUCGGUCAAGAAGACUUUCAAGGAUGAGGAGGGAUUUCUGGUAACUAAGCUGGUGAAGGAACUUGUCAGCGAGUCUGAUGAUGAUGAAGAUCCUCUUCCCAAGAAUUUGAGAGAAAAGGCUGCUCCAGAGAAACCAGCUGGAAAAAAGAAGACAGCAGCGUCGACAGAUAAGAAGCAGCAGUCGUUGCUAUCAUUCUUUGGAAAGAAAUAGAUGACAAAGCGUUGAGAAGCGACUGGUGCCUAUAGUAGUGCGACGCUUCAGCACUAUGCCAGUUUGUAAGACUGUCAACAUUAUAGGCAUUAU